AUGAAUCAUUCUCCACAGAAACACAUCCAUCCUUACCACCGGCCUUUGCCCGCCCAAUCUCAAACUACGGACAAAGGCAGAGCAGAAGCUGAAGCAUACUACAACUCCGACUCCCAAUCCAACAUGUCUCCCUCCAAGCUCGCCCUCACGGACCUCCUUCCUCUCCACAACUCCUCAGUCAAAAUUCCCCGCCUUGGUUUCGGCAUUUACCAGUCUCCUACCAACGUCUGCAUUAAUUCCUGCCUCACAGCCCUCAAAUCUGGAUACCGCCACAUCGACUCUGCACAAUUCUACCGCAAUGAGACAGAGAUGGGUGAAGCGGCGCGGCAGUCAGGCAUACCCCGCAAUGAGGUCUUCCUGACUACCAAAAUCAUGAGCGCUGGUGGCAGUGCAGAGAAGACGUACAAAAAGUGUUUGGAUAGUGUACACAAGAUUGACGGGGAGGAGGGUUAUGUGGAUCUCUUCCUAAUACACACGCCAAGUGGAGGGUCUGCGGCCGUGAAAGAGAUGUAUCAGGCGUUGGAGAAAUUAGAGAGUGAGGGGAAGGCGAAGAGUAUUGGCGUUAGCAAUUUUGGAGUUGGGCAUAUUGAGGAGAUGAAAGAAUAUGCACGGAUAUGGCCGCCACAUGUGAAUCAGAUUGAGCUUCAUCCGUGGAACCAACAACGAACAAUAGUCGACUAUUGCAACCAACAAAAGGUCGUCAUCGAAGCGUACUGCCCACUCGUGCGCAACCUCAAAGCACACGACCAGACUCUCGUUGAAAUGUCAAAGAAACAUGACAAAACUACAGCGCAAAUACUAAUCAGGUACUCAUUACAAAAAGGGUGGGUUUCAUUGCCAAAGAGCGAUACGCCCAGCCGAAUUGAAGCAAAUGCGGAUGUAUACGGCUUCAGUUUGACUGAUGAGGAUAUGGAAACCUUGGACUCUCUGGAUCAAGGGGCCAAGGGGGCGAUUGUGCAGGCAGUGAAGAAUUAA